AUGGCAGCUCAUGCGGUGGAGGCAACCGCCGCAACUGCCCUCCGCUCCGUCAUUCUCAGGGCUCGUAAGGCGGCGGAGCUUGUAGGAAGAGAUCCAGAGCGGGUCCGGGUCGUUGCUGUGUCCAAGACUAAACCCGUCUCGCUCAUCCGCCAAAUCUACGAUGCUGGCCACCGCUGCUUCGGCGAGAAUUACGUUCAAGAGUUCAUCGACAAAGCUCCACAGCUUCCCGAAGAUAUAGAGUGGCAUUUCGUGGGGCAUUUACAGAGCAACAAAGCCAAAACGCUAUUGGCUGGAGUCCCAAACUUGGCAAUGGUUCAUGGUGUAGAUGGCGAAAAGGUAGCAAAUCAUCUAGAUCGAGCUGUUUCAAGUCUUGGGAGGCAUCCACUAAAGGUUUUGGUACAAGUCAACACAAGCGGAGAAGCUUCUAAAUCUGGAAUCGAACCUUCCAGUGUUGUAGAGCUAGCAAGACAUGUGAAAACGCACUGUCCAAACCUGGUGUUCUCCGGAUUAAUGACUAUUGGGAUGCCUGAUUAUACAUCUACUCCAGAGAACUUCAGGACACUUACAAACUGUAGAGCUGAUGUGUGCAAGGCACUUGGAAUGGAUGAAGACCAGUUCGAGCUGUCUAUGGGCAUGUCCGGUGACUUCGAGCAAGCGAUUGAGAUGGGAAGUACCAAUGUGAGGGUUGGUUCCACGAUCUUCGGACCAAGAGAUUACCCCCAAAAAGCAACUUAG